CUCUCUCGGGGGAAAUGAAACUCAAGGCGACGAUCCUCGUCUUCACGGCGAUGUGCUGCGCGGCGGCGGCGACCACCUUUGAGGAGCUCAAGGACGAGCCAGAUUUGAAUGCCAAAUUCUUCGUCAAGUCGUAUUCUACGCGCACAUGGACUUUUGUGUCAUCAUUUACAUCCACAGUAUUUUACAGCUGCUACACUUCAGCAGCUGCCGCGUUCCAAGCGUGCCAGGGAAGAAAACUACGCCGAUCUAGGAAACUCGAUAUUCCACUCAGUGAAGUGGAUGAGGAACUCUCUAGCAGUCUCACGGAGGCGGAAGAUAAACAAGAUACAUCUGAGAAAGUAUUUUUCACAGUAUGGAGCACCAGCAGCACUACCGUCACUGUCACCACCUUCUCCACCAACAGAUCUGUCACUAUCUCAGUCCGUAUCUUGUGCACUUAUCCAGGAGUUAUGUUUAACGUCUGUUAGCGCGAUUCCUGGGCUAAUUAAUCACUGGCCGUCACAGGGUGAUGAUCAAGGGCCUAGUAUGCUCAGUUUCCCGGAGACCCCAGUCAACCACCUCAGACAUUCUUAGACAGUGAUACCGUUAUCUAGUUGUAAGAUUUGCUUGUACAUAACUGACCCCUGUAUGUAUAUAAAGACUACUGAUACUA